AUGAAAACGUUCGUCACUCUACUCGCCUUGUUGGCCGUCGCUGUUGCCAACCCCUUGCCACUGGUACAGAUCUUUGUAAAUAUUGGCGGCCAAACCAGCAUCAUGGAACCAGGCUUUCCAGCCAUUGACAGACCAACCCCCGAGUCUGUAGUAGUUGUUCCUGAGCCAGUUAUCCUCCCAGAACCUGUACUUCCUGGGGGCGUUGCUUCUGAACCGGCAGAACUACCUGAAGCUGUACUUCCAGAAGUUGUAGUCCCUGUACCACUUCCGGCUCCUGCACUUCCAGAAGUUAUUGUACCUGUGCCCGUGAUUGCCCCUGAAAAUAUUAAUUGA